GAGGAACAGCGAGAGAGUGUGUGAAACGAGGAACGAAAUUGGUCGCGCGCGGGAAUCAGCGGUUGUUGUGUGUUUGGCCUUUUUCUGCUUGUGAUUUAUUGCGAGAGAUUGUGAUUGCUGGUGCGAGACGUGUGUUUUUUUUACUUAAGAAUUGAGAAUCCACGUGCGGGAGUCGAUGCGAUAGAGUGUAUGAAAAUUGAACGGUUUACAAUUAACAAUGACAACUUUGGCAGAACAAGCAUCCAAGCUUUUAGAUUUUAAUCAGAAGCUUGACAUAACGCUUCUCGAUAAUGUAGUAGGUUGUAUGUAUAAUGGAAUAGGCGAGCAACAGAAGCUUGCGCAGGAAGUAUUAACCACACUUAAGGAACAUCCAAAUGCAUGGACACGUGUAGAUACUAUUCUAGAAUAUUCACAGAACCAACAAACAAAGUAUUAUGCUUUACAAAUAUUGGAACAAGUAAUAAAGACACGAUGGAAAGUAUUACCACGAAAUCAGUGUGAGGGUAUAAAAAAAUAUAUUGUAGGCCUUAUUAUAAAAACGAGCAGUGAUCCAGAAACGAUGGAAACACAAAAAGUAUACCUCAAUAAACUGAAUAUGAUUUUAGUUCAGGUUUUAAAACGAGAAUGGCCAAAAAAUUGGGAAUCCUUUAUCGGCGAUAUUGUUGGGGCAAGCAAAACAAACGAAAGUCUUUGUCAAAACAAUAUGACAAUUUUGAAGUUACUAUCGGAAGAAGUAUUUGACUUUUCUAGUGGACAAAUGACACAAACAAAAGCAAAACACUUAAAGGACACAAUGUGUAGUGAAUUCUCCCAGAUUUUUCAACUUUGUCAGUAUGUUUUAGACAACUCGCAAAAUAUUCCACUAGUAUUGGUCACGUUAGAAACUCUCUUAAAAUUUUUAAAUUGGAUUCCGCUUGGAUAUAUUUUCGAAACGAAAUUAAUAAACACUUUAGUAUUCAAGUUCUUAAAUGUACCAAUAUUCAGAAAUGUCACGUUGAAAUGCUUGACCGAAAUCGCUGCUCUCACGGCAACGACAUACGACGAUGUGUUUGUAAUGUUAUUUGUUAAUGUAAUGAGACAGUUGGAGCAAAUACUACCGCUCGAUACUAAUAUACGCGAUGCAUAUGCUGCUGGUCAAGAUCAGGAACAAAAUUUUAUUCAAAAUUUAGCUAUAUUUUUAUGUACAUGUUUGAAGGAACAUGGUCAAUUUAUAGAAAAGAAACAGCUAAACGAAAUGCUGCUGAAGGCGUUGCAUUACCUGUUGUUGAUUUCCGAGGUCGAGGAGGUCGAAAUAUUUAAAAUUUGUUUGGAAUAUUGGAGUUCAUUAGCGAUCGAUUUAUAUAGAUUCGUGGCUCCGACACCAGUAUUUAUGACUAAACCGAUAACGAUGCCGCCUAGAAGACUAUUCUAUUGUCCAGUUUUAACAAAAGUACGGUACAUUAUGAUCAGCAGAAUGGCCAAACCGGAAGAAGUUCUUGUUGUAGAGAAUGAAAACGGAGAAGUUGUCAGAGAGUUUAUGAAGGAUACCGAUUCAAUUAAUUUAUACAAGAAUAUGAGAGAAACUCUCGUCUACCUGACCCAUCUUGAUCAUAUGGACACAGAUAGAAUAAUGACAGAAAAGUUACAGAAUCAAGUAAAUGGUACGGAAUGGUCUUGGAAGAAUCUCAAUGCAUUAUGUUGGGCAAUAGGUAGUAUUUCGGGUGCUAUGCACGAAGAAGAUGAGAAACGCUUUCUAGUAACUGUGAUCAAGGACCUUCUUGGUCUUUGUGAACAGAAAAAAGGCAAAGAUAAUAAAGCUAUCAUCGCUAGCAAUAUUAUGUAUGUAGUUGGGCAAUACCCAAGAUUUCUCAGAGCACACUGGAAGUUUUUAAAGACUGUUGUAAAUAAACUAUUUGAAUUUAUGCAUGAAACGCAUGAUGGUGUGCAAGAUAUGGCCUGUGACACGUUUAUAAAAAUAGCAGUGAAAUGCAGGCGACAUUUCGUGACAGUACAAUUAGGGGAAGCGGUGCCGUUUAUCGAAGAAAUUCUUUCUACAGUUAGUAGUAUCAUCUGUGACCUUCAAACACAACAGGUACAUACCUUCUACGAAGCAGUUGGUUAUAUGAUAAGUGCACAGACGGAUACAGUAGUUCAAGAACAAUUGAUAGAAAAAUAUAUGCUUCUACCAAAUCAAGUUUGGGACGAUAUCAUAAGUCAAGCAUCUAAAAACGUAGAUGUGUUAAAAGACCAAGAAGCUGUAAAACAACUUGGUAGCAUUUUAAAAACAAAUGUUAGGGCUUGCAAAGCUCUCGGGCAUCCGUACGUGAUACAAUUAGGAAGAAUAUAUUUAGAUAUGUUGAACGUUUAUAAGGUUAUGAGUGAAAAUAUAAGUGCUGCAAUAGCUUUGAAUGGUGAAGUAGUAAUGGAACAAUCUUUAAUUAAGAGUAUGAGAGUAGUGAAAAAGGAAACAUUAAAAUUGAUCUCAGAUUGGAUCAGCAGAACGACCGACGAACAAAUGGUUUCCGAGAACUUUAUACCACCGCUAUUAGAUGCUGUGUUGUUGGAUUAUCAAAAAACGAAUGUCCAUUGCGCUCGAGAACCAGAGGUGUUGACUGCUAUGGCCAUUAUCGUAAAUAAAUUAGAGGAUUACAUUACGUGUGAAAUACCGAAAAUAUUUGAUGCUGUGUUCGAGUGUACUCUAGAAAUGAUUAACAAAGAUUUUGAAGAAUUUCCAGAGCAUAGAACGAACUUCUUUUUACUUCUACAGGCUGUAAAUAUGUACUGUUUCCCUGCGUUUCUUGUAAUUCGGCCAGCACAGUUCAAACUCGUUCUCGACUCGAUAAUUUGGGCUUUCAAACACACGAUGAGAAACGUUGCAGAUACAGGGUUGCAAAUACUUUAUCAACUUUUACAAAAUGUUGAGAGCGAGCCGGCAGCUCAGAACUUUUAUCGAACAUAUUUCACAGAUAUUCUUCAACACAUAUUUAGCGUAGUCACAGAUUCAUCUCAUAUAGCAGGCCUUACUAUGCAUGCCACUAUCCUGGCAUACAUGUUCUCAUUGGUUGAACUCGGACGAAUUCAGGUGCCAUUGGGACCUAUACCAGACAAUGUAUUAUACGUUCAAGAAUUCGUUGCAAGGUUGCUUAAAGCAGCAUUUCCACAUUUGACUGAUAAUCAGAUUAAAAUCACUGUACAAGGUUUAUUUAAUCUUAACCAAAAUAUCCCAGCAUUCAAGGAACAUCUCAGAGAUUUCCUUGUUCAAAUUAGAGAGUAUACCGGUGAGGAUGAUUCCGAUCUCUAUUUGGAAGAGCGGGAAAAUGCAUUGCGAUUGGCUCAGGAAGAGAAAAGACGACAACAAAUGGCUGUUCCGGGACUACUUAAUCCGCACGACAUACCAGAAGAAAUGCAGGACUGAAUUAGCAGUCGUCUACGUUACUUCUUUCCUGCACGUCUCAAUGAGAAACAUUCUGUUACAGAGACUACCGUAUCUUUUGAUCUGCAAUUUCCCCCACAUGUACCACGACUACCAUCAAAAUGGAUAUACGUCAUUAUAUACUUUUUAAAGCCAAGAUUACAAUAUAACAUUCUUGUUAAGGAGGUAAGCCCGAAACGUUGUAAUUGUUUGUCUGUUAUGCGAUUUUAAUAGAAUUAAAACUUCUGUUGUGGGUAACAAGUGAGUGUGUGCUGAACAAUACUAUUUAAUGUAAUAAAAGUAAAAGAACAAACACGAUUUUUAAAUACCGAUAUUUAAGAAAAAUUUACUACGAAUUCGAGAAAAUGUACGAAUGAAUGCGCAUUGAAAGCGUUUGAUAAUGAUGGAACAAUGACUACACGUGGUUGAUAUGUUUGUUGUUCGUAGAAAGAAAAGAAGAUUCUGUUGCAUAUU